AUGCGCAUCUUCCCUGAAAAAUUCGAUGUGGGAAACGUCCCAGAGCAUCACAAUUGCGACGAUCGGGUAUGGUCUUGUGUCUACACAGUUGGCUCCAUACCGUUCCCCGACAGUUACAGAACUGACGGAAUGCGACAUCGGUUUUACUUGCCAUGUGUGGACGAUGCAGACUCCCACAGUCACCCGACCUUACAAGGAGCACAAGUGACUUGCGUGUCUUCUUCAUUCGUGACAAUGCGUUCAAUGAUCUCUGAGAGCAGAAAAACAUACAAUCUAGGAGGCAGCGGACAGAUCUGGCAUUUUGCGAGACUGUCGACGAGAGCAAACACCGGGGGUGUGCUGGGACGCACAUGCCACAUAUCAUCUCCCAGCUUUACCAUCAAGCAGUCCCUCCGGUACCCGCGAGACAAGCAGCGACGGCAAACCAGAUCUCUUCUCAUCGAUCUUGCUGGGCUCUCAUCACAACCCUGCCGCUACGACCGUUCUCGAUCUGCCAGAUAUGCGGGUGUCCCGCACUUUUUCUGGCAGUGCACGAACUGCGAGGAGCGAUGGCGCAGUCUCACCACUGCCCGGCGUGCAACAGCGAGCGGCUGCGGGGCUGUGCCCGCCUGCCGCCUGCCGCUGCGCGGUUGCGGGCGCCAAGGUGUGCGGGCGCCAAGGUGGGGCCCCCCCUCGGCGCCCCCGUCCAGUGCGGCGAUCGCAUGCACUCAACGGAAUCACGCACCCCUCAUAAAAAGGAGACGACGGGCAUGA